CACUAUAUAUAUACACACUCACACACACACCCGUCUUCCAAUCUCCCAUUCGAUUCUGGAGUCCCCUCCCUCCUUCCAUUCUCGAGUCAUCCUCUCGGCAACGUGGCGUCGGGAUCGCUCUCACGUGGCUCGACCUCCUCGUGGACUCCGCAGCAGAACAAGCUCUUCGAGCGGGCUCUCGCGGUGUACGACAAAGACACCCCGGAUCGCUGGCAGAAUGUGGCACGAGCCGUCGGCGGAGGGAAGACCGCCGAAGAGGUCAAGAAACACUACGAGCUGCUGCUUGAGGACCUCGAGCACAUCGAGUCGGGUCGGGUGCCGUAUCCAAAUUACAAGUCUUCCGGCAGCCGGGACGGUGGCGCCGAUGAGGAACAGAGGUAGCCGUACAUCCACUUUCCACUGCUAAAGAGUGCACGGGCUUGUUUGAAGACCGGAAGAGAGUCCACUGAUCCUUCUUUCUCGACCUAAUUAUCUUCGUGUAUGGAAACCAAGAUCACAGUCGCUGUUGUGCCUCAUCCAUGAUGACGGAUCCCUGCCUGCCUUGUCUUCUCCCUCGUUCCGAGACCACCUUACCCUGUUCAAGCAUCAUCACGAGACUAAGUCGGAACGGUUGCUAUCAGCUGGGCAAAAUGCCAACCGGAAAAACCAACAUGGGUUCGCGCUUUGCAUGACACCGAGGACAUCGUCCCAACUCUACUCUGUACAAACUCCUCAUCCUUGUCUGGCUCCUGUUUCAUAUGACGCCGAGAACUACCCUCUCUCUGCCUCGAUCCAACCAUGCUUGAUCUCCAUGUAUGCCAUUCUAAACUCCAUCCCCCCCACCCAUUCGUCGGGACAGACAUGCUAAAACAAUAAGAAUUGCAUAGAUCCGAUAAGAUAUGGAUGGAUGGCUACCCAAAGAUCAUGACUGACACAAGCUUUUUAAUUAACUCGAUUUUCCAAGAGCUGCAUGAACGAACUGGUGGUGCUUUUAACAUAGUAACUUCCCAUGGCGUGGUGCCACCCGAUGCCAGCCAUUCUUUUUAUGCAUUUCACAGUGGUUUCUGAUAGUUACCACACGAUUUUGCAGGCGGAGGUGCCUAAAGCUCCGGUAAACCAUGGAUUUCAAAGCAGAAUUCAAUCUCUCUAGUACGAACUAGAAGACCAUGGUUCUUCUUCUUCGGAGAUCAAGAAACAUUCGUGUGUGUCGACGGAUGGAAAUCGCAUUGAAAUUUAGUUCCACCGUUGGAAGUUUCUAUCCGUGUCUUGCUUCUCGAAUCGUCCAAGCCACUGGAUAGAUGUGUUGAUGGAUGAAUGGAAGCAAAUUAGAUGUUACUCUUACGUGUUGUUGAUGAAAUGAAUUUAAAAAAGUGUACCGAAUUAGAUGGGCGAAAGCACAUCAUAGCAGUGAUGCCCCGACCCAAUUAUCGCACAAAAGUGUA